AUGGCGUCACUUUUCGAAGGUCUUCAGACCCAAGCGGCUGAACCGCCCCAGAAGGAUGCGGACAGUUCCGGUUCCGGCCUUUUUGGAAGCCUGAGCGUGGCUGGCGAGGGUACUUCCGCCUUCAGCUUCCUGAACUCCGACACACAGCAAGAGCCAGUAGGGCUGGUGGGCGUGCCCAGUUCGCAGGCCUCCGGGGUCCCUGCAGAGUCCAUCUUCACUUUCGUCAACAGUGCAGAUGUGGCCGAUCCGGCCCCGGCAACGUCAGCGUACCCAACAGGAGGCGCAAGCGCUGGUGAAAGCAGUCCGUCAUUGGGGGACAGCUCUGCUUUUUCGUUCAUCGGCGGCUUGCAGGAGUCUGUGCCGCGUGACCGCGAGGUUGCAGGUGCGCUAGACGUUCCAGAAGGCACUCGUCGGAAGACGCGUAAGGCACUCCUUCCAGGCCAUGCAUCCCGUCCACAAGAGGAGACUCGUAUGCCUCUCCCGGCACCGACAGUGGAUGAGCUGGCCAUCGACCGCAAGCCUUUGGAAGGGGUUGUGCCCGUUUCGGAGGCUGUUGCGCAGGCUCCACAAGUCCAGGCGGCGGCUCAGGAGAUGCAGCCGCAGGUCAAACCACCGCCGCCUCCAGAUCCGUCGCCGUCUCCGUUUGAUUUUGCACAACAAGGACGACAGGAAGACUCCAAGGCUCCUUUAGCAGGAGUUGGUGUUGCCGAGCUGCAGCAACGCUUAGAAACGGCCGAGGCCGAGUUGCAGCGGCUUUGUGACAACGAACAAUUCGAAGAGGCGGAAGCACUGGAUUGCACCAUUCAAGCCCUCAAGGAAAUGAUCGCCAAGGAGGAGUCUACGGAGGCUGUGGCUGUGCCUGCCGCAGCGCCGGCCAUGGAGCGCAAGGCGGAGGCCUUGGCGGCAGAGGCGCAGAGAAAGGCACAGGCGACGCAGGCGACGCAGGCGCAGGCGGUGCUGGCGGCAGCACCGGAAACGCAGGCAAAGCCACCGCCGCCCCCGGAACCGGCACCGUCUCCGCAAGAGAAGCUGCGCCGUGCGUUCAAUGCUGCUGGGGUGCGCCAGUGGCUGGAAGAGCAACUAGAUGAGAGUGACAAGGAGCAGCAGCAUUUGCUUGAAGCGCAGGCAAGCUGCCUAUCAGCCAGCCAGCGAACUGCUGACAGUAUCGCUGAGCUUCGGCAACGCUUAGCCAAGACCGAGGCUGACCAGAACCAGCUGUGUGACAACGAGCAGUUUGAGGAGGCCGACGAGCUGGAUUGCACCAUCCAGGGAUUGAAAGACGAGAUUUCGAAAGAGCUUGAGGAGGUAGCCAUAGGUGCGAAGAAGAUGGUCACUUUUGCAGAGACUUUGUUGAACCUCACCAGGAGUCGAAUUUCGGUCGCCAACGACGCCCUGGAUCGAGCGGAGGUUCUGCGCAAGGAAGGAGCAGAGGGCUUUCAAGUCACAGAGGAACGCUGCCUCCGACAUCUUCAAGCAGAAGAGGCCCGGAUUGAAGCGGAGAGGAAACGCAUGGAUUUGGCACAGUCCCACAUCGAGAAGGACUCGCAGAACUUGAAAGAAGAGUGGCAGCAGGUUACAGAAGCUAUAGACCAGCAGACGACAGAGGAUACUGCAGAAAGAGAGAAGGCGAGUCAUGAGCGAGCAGCCCUCGAUGAAGAAAUCCAAGAGUUGGAGAGGCGGUUAUCGCAAAAGCUCGAGCAGCGGAAGACCUUAAGCGAGGUCAUUGACUCGUGCGACAUCCGCAUCUCUUGUAUACGGGCCAAGUUCGAGAAGCAGCUGGGACGCCUCGAAGGCAAGCAGAAGCGUCUAGAAGAAGCUCAGAAGGAAGUGGAGGUAGACGCGCAGCAGGUUUGCCAGAUGGAGGCUGAGCUUCAGAAGGAGCGGGAGGCGUUGCGCGAACAAGAGCUUCAGCAUCAACAGCAAAUGCAGGAUGUCCGAAGAGCAUCGCGCGACCUGCGCAAACAGAGGUCUUUCCUGUCGGAGAUCAUCCAGCGCCGGGUGGUCUGGCGACGCCUGAUGGAGCCUCAUCGCGAGUCCUUGCACGAGGCCCGGCAAAGCUGGGAGCAGGCUACGCAGAAGUGCACGGAGCUUUCUACGAAUUCUGCUGGCCAAGAGGCUGCAGCCGCGAAGCUGCGCAGUCAAGUUGAUGCGACAGUGGAGAUUCUUCCGAGCUUGGAGGCAGAAAAAAAGCUUGCUGUGGCUUCGCGCAGCUUCAAGGAGGCCAGAGCAGAAGUGCCGCACUACUUUGUGUUACAUGUGUUACCAUGUAUUACCGGGUUUCUGUUGUGGGGUGGAAUGCACUUCUGGACAUGUGGCUGUGCUGAAAGACACGAAGACCGAAUACGAGUAACACCCAUAUGA